CGUCGAGCUCACAGACCACGGUAUAAUACCCAGUCAAUAACUGAACCUUCUUUCAAGUGCAGACAUGCAAGUUUCGCAGCUCUUCGAGUCUAUCAUUUCGGCUUUUAUGAAUGCUCCGCAGGUGGACGGCCGCAAUGCGCGAGUUCCAGUGGAUUUGAGCGUCAGCUCCAAGAAAGCACGCGCCCGCGUGCACACCAAACAGAACGACGGUGCCUACUGGGCCUCUGUGCCGCAGCUGCCUGUGACGGCGUCGUGCCGGUAGACGAAUCAUUAACAAUCAGCCUAUCAUUGGAUCAAGUUGCAAACGUGAAGCUCGUCGAAGAGACAUGCAUGGGCCAUACAGGCUGCAGCAUGGCAUGAGUGGAAUCGUUCCAUUCGUGUGCUGGUUUAUUUUUUUUAUUUACCUUGCCAUUUUUUACUAGAAGCUUUACUUUGUCAAAGCCAUUUAUAAGUAAUGGAGUCGCAGACUUUGCCUUCGACGAGUUGCUUUGUAUUUUGCACGAGUCGCUUUGCUUUAUUUCAGAAUACACUUAGCUGAAGGCAUCAAAUAGACAUACGGAAAGCAACUUGAAGCUCAACUGUGACGAGGCAGCUUUCAGUCCGCAAGCACCGGGUAGGUAGCUGCAGUGGC